AUGCCAAGCGGGCCAAAUGGCUUGUCGCCUGAAAGACCAUUGGCCACUUUUCAAAUGAAACCGUAUCCAAAUCCAGGUUACCAAGGGUCAUCAUCUCUCAAGACAGUGCUGGAUAAUCUUGGCGACCACUUAGCCGUUAGAAUUGAUACCUCCAGACCUCAUGUUAACGACCAACAGUCGUCACGAGACGCUGUACUUCGGGCAGACAGCUCCAGGAUGGUCGAUGAAGGAGUACAGCUGUUGGAGACGUUCCUUGAUUAUCUUGCCGAUGGCGAUUUUCGACAACUGUUCUCCGAAGCGAAAGGCAGCGAUUUACAAACCCACUUAGGCACCUUCUUACUUUUCCCAUUCUUUGAAAGUCUGGCAAACGAAAUUGAUACCAUACGACAAUCAGAAAAUCGACAGGCGAGCUCGUUUGCACUGUCACAACGCCUCUUCGAGAAGGCAAACGAACCCGUUGAGAUUCAUAGCGCCAUGACUCUUGAGGAGUUUGCCGCUCAGUACACGGGGCUAAAUUUACGAUGGGAAACGACAAGCAUUGCUUCGACCGAGAUACGAGUCCCGCAUCCAGCCUGCAAAACAGAAGAGGAACGUCAACUUCUGAGGACAAACCUUGUUCAUUUGACCAACAAAUGUGUCGCCUUCUGCGAUUCUUUGGACACAUUGAAUGAUAUCACUAUGAUAUUUCUAUAUGAGAGUUUCCUCCUUGCUUCAAUAUUCUACGGUGAUCAGAGUUUCAAGGCUUGGAGAAGACUUAAUCAUGCUUCCAGCGCACUCUUUGCAGAUGGGCUUCACGAGACUGUCAAAGAAAAACAGUAUCUCCCAUUCUUCCUCACACAGUUACGUCAGCAAAUCUUUGCACGAAUAUACGGAUCCGACAUUAGUUUUGCUGUCUUUUUAGGCCGUCCUCCGCGGGUAAGUAAACGGUUCUGUUAUACAAGUAUGCCCCUCGACAUUGAAGAGGAUACGUACAGUCUAGUAGGAGAAGACUUGGACCAGGAAUUGGCACACCUGGACCGAAACGGUUGGAACACACUCGGCCAGAUCAGGAAAAGCGCUGUCAUACGAUGGUCUAUGAUCACCUCUAUGAUCCGUGAAGAUGCUUUAGAAACUCUACUUGGACGAAAUCUUACCAAUGUACCACAGCGAAUCGGUGAUCUUCAAGCGAAGAUUGACCAUGCGUGGAAAGAUCUUCCCCCGUUUCUCACGAUUCCAACCCGGGAUUUAUGGCUGAAAGGACGCUCCUGCCGCGAGGUAGACAUCUUGCAUCAAAUUCGUCUACUUUACCUCAACACUGCCUUUUUGAUUGAAUGGGCGGCUUCGCGACAUGGCCUUCAAGAUACUGGUGCCUUGUUUGUCAAUGCUAGUGAACUACUCUCAUGGGUUAUUGAGGCUAUAGUCAGGCGUGAACAGCUGUCCAAAAAAGGCUUGAUUUCUCUAGCAUGGAGGGUUGCUUCUUGUGCUCUACCCGCUGCCGGUGCUAUUGCCUGGUAUCUCCUCCAGCCAUCGUCCCGUGUCGGCUUCAAUCUCGACUUGUCAUCGAGAAGACGCAGCAUAGAGAAUCUCUCAGUGCUCAUUGCUCACAUGGGUGUCCUGCAUGAUCCUGGAGACGGCAACUAUCAGCUUUUCUGCCACGCCAAAAGUGCUCUACAAUCUGCAAUGGACACUAUCCUCAGCCUUCCAGAUCCCGCUCAGCCUGAGAAUUCCUUAGAUAUGUUAUCCUCCCCUGCACUGUCACCAGACUGGAUCUUUUCGGAUUAUUUAGGGCUCGGGGUUGAUUCAUGGAUCGGUCUUCCGGAUCGAGGGUCUUUUAUGAGAAUGGAUGAUAACAUGCCAUAUUGA